AGUUACUCGCCGCUCUCCACUUCUGUCUUAGUCCUCGUUCUUGUUGUUGUUGUCCCUUCCCAUGUUUGCAUAACUCCAGACACAUUUAGAAAGUAAAUAUUUUACUAUGCAACUAAGGUAUAGAGAAUCAUGUAAGACAAGCAAAUAAAUAUGUCUGUUUUAUAUACAAAAGAAAGUUCAACCAGAAGUUUAGUUUGUCCUGGGGUAAAUUUUGCAUUAAGUGCACUUGCGAGUGUCAGUGAAUUGGUGAAAUAUUAGUGCUUCUUUAUUGAAGUGAAUCCGUCCAGUAAAAUACAGUUUAUUUUAAAUAUUCAUUGGAGUGAGUACUUUAUACUUCAUCUGGAAACAAUGUUUAUAGAGAUAUAAACCAAGGCAAUCUUUCUCUAUAAGCUUUCAUGAAAGUUUUUUACAGGAGGCCGUGAAUAUUUAUAUUAGCAAGAUACUUUCCUUGUAGUAUACCGAAGAUUUAUAAUGCUAGACUUCAAAUUAUUAGAGGUGAAAAACUGUUGCUAUUGCCUAAAACUGAAGACCGGAAUUAAAAUUAUUGGAUUCUUCUCAUUGACAGAAAGUAUCACCCUUUUUCUGCACUUUAUAUCAACAUUCACGGUUUAUACUCUGGGGACUGAAAGGGAGAUAGGAAAUCUUCCAGUUCCGUACGUCUUAUAUUAUACGGCGUUUCACUUUAUAGACCUCUUCACGUCGUUUUUACUUCUCCUUGGAGUCUACCAGGAAAAACCUGAAAUGAUGAGAUGGUGGCUAGGCUUCACACUGGUGUCUGUGGUCCUAGAGUGUGUGAUGCCGUCCAUUUUAAUUAGAGGUCUUGAAAUCGUAUUAUAUUAUCCUUAUUACCUGCUAACUCCACUAAGCCUAAAGUGAGGAUCAACAGACCGAUGGCGGCUGCAGCAAACCACAAUGAGCCGUGUAUCGUCUGCUAUAAAGGACAUAUUUGCAUGACGAGAGGCUCUUUGACUGCUCUCCACAGCGCUUCGUCAGCCACAAAGCGAGAGUGUCCAUUCCAUCAGCAUUCCACGAGGCUACUGAGUCUGUCUGGAAUGCACGGAUUGGCAUGUCCUUUUCGAUCUGGACCGAGACGCUCCGGAAUGCUUUGGCAUGACUUCGAGCGGAAUUUGGUGUGAGAUGCGAGCGUUCCUAAGUGUAUUGUAACACGCAAGAGUGAACCCACAAACUAAAAAUCUGUUACUUGAAUACGAAAAUAGAUGAAAAUGGUUUUCUAAAAUGUUAUAAGAAUACAAUAUGAAAUAUACAGUUUUGUUUAUGUUGUUAGUUAUAACAUAAUAAUUCUGUAGCAAUUUACAUAGUUAGAAACUUACCUCAUUAAUCUAAAUGUAAUAUUUAAAACUUGAACCUUAUAACUUUUGAGGUGUCUAUAGCAUGUUUCUUUUAUAUGGGCUUGUAUUUUAAGCCGGUUGAAUUUGGAUUCUUCACAUUCUGUGAACCUCAGGUGGUAUUAGAAAUUUUGUAAUCUACAAGUAUUUCUAUUGUAAAUUUUUUGCUUUGACUAAGCCAACGUUCUACAGUGAUGUUUAUUUGUAUCCUUAUGUGUUAAUUUUGGUGAUAUUUGAACAGGAAGAUAGUUCUCGAUUCUCUAAUCGCAAUGCUCUACUUUUUGAACAUUUAUCUGUGUCAUUCUGUCAAUAAAUAAAUUUUUAAUAAUUAAUUAGACAUAAUGUUCUAACAGUACUACAUUAUUGAGAAUUAUAGAAGUACAUAAUAAAACAUGAUGGAAAAAACAAGAAGCUUUGCUUUGUAUGCAUCUAACGAAUGUUAGAUGUUUAAAUUUCACACAACUACUCGCAUUUUAUAGAGACCAUAAUGGAAGAUAAGAAUGUUGAAAAAGGGAAACAUUAUUGGUUGUCAAUAACAAUUUAUACAUGUUUCCUUAGUUCAAAGAGAGUGAACUCCAAUCGCCAUAGAAUAGCUUUGAAACGUGCAUUGGAUAGAUGGAGGCCGGCUUUACAUACUCGAAUCAAUACCACACUCAAUAGUCGAUAAUCCCAUUGCAAUUGAUUAUGUUUAUCUUUGAAAAUUAUUAAGAUUUAAAUGACCAAUUAAAAUAUUUUAUUUAUUCUUUUAUAUUCUCACAUUUGUUUGCUUCUCUUUUCAUGUCAAAAUCCAGACUUUGUCGAACGGAUAUAAGUACUACUGUAGUUAUAAUACGAUUUGUUAAGGAAUUUUGUAAAGAACGUGUCAAUACAGCUGAUUUUUAUCUGUACGGUUUGUUAAAUGCAAGCUGCAUUAAUAUUUCACCAAUAAUACAUGAAUAUCUAGAUACUGGUUAAUUUAUAUUAAUUAAAAAAACAAAACAAAAAGGGAUGCGUAUAACGUGUUUCAGAAAUUAUAAAACACAAAAUAAAUGUAAUUGUAAAGAUAAAAGGAGGUGAACACAAUUUUUGGUACAUUCUGCAGUUAAAUCGUUUUAAUAUGUGUAUUGAUAUUUGUUUAUAAGUGGUAACAUUUAAAAGUGUGAUAAAAAUAUGAAAUAC